AUGGAUUCUGUUAAUAAAUGCGUUAUCGGGACGAAGAUUUUCGUCAGGGAUAAAGAAAAGGUGUGGGUGUGCGCCGAAAUCAUAAGGGAAGAAAAGGAUCUGGUGGCCAAGACGGAGGAUGACGAGAUCGUUGUUCUAAAGGAGAAGGACGAGUUCUACCUUAGAAAUUUGGACGUAUUUGAUUCAAGCGGUCUCUCAGCCCCCGCGGAUUUAACGAACCUAACUCAUCUACACGAAGCGUCCAUACUUCAUAGCUUAAAUGUACGCUUCGAUAUUGAUGAAAUAUAUACUCUUACUGGACCAAUUCUAAUAGCGGUGAAUCCAUUUAAAAUUAUUCCGUAUUUGUACUCAGAUGACAUGCUAGCUAAACACGUACAACCGAUACAGUCCAAAACUCCACACAUCUUCUCCACAGCGAAUAGUGCAUACCUAGGUAUGUGCCAACAUAGUAAACCUCAAACAAUAUUAAUAAGUGGAGAGUCAGGUGCAGGGAAAACAGAAUCCACAAAAUACGUGAUGAAGUUUCUUGCAUGUGCAGGCUCAGAUAUUAAAAAGAGAUCCCUCAUUGAAUCCCAGAUAUUAGAGAGUAAUCCCUUGUUGGAGUCAUUUGGAAAUGCAAGAACGUUGAGAAAUGAUAAUUCCAGUCGCUUUGGGAAGUACAUUGAAUUGCAGUUUUCUUUGGACCGAAGGGGUGGUGGUGGUUACUACACGAAGGGGAAGUUGUGUGGCGCAAAGAUUCGAACCUACCUUCUGGAAAAGGUGCGGGUUUGCUAUCAGCAGGAGGGCGAGCGCAACUACCACAUUUUCUAUCAGCUCUGCAGGGCGGCCAGGGAGGCCUCCAACAACGCCGCGAACGAUGCUACGAACGAUGCUACGAACGAUGCCAACAACGACGCUACGAACGGUUCCACCAACGACGCCACCAACGACGCCACCAACGACGCGGCCGACGAAUCUUCUUACAACGUUUCCAACUCCGCCAACUCCCCUCGGGAACCUCCCCGCGAGUACCACUUCCCGGCGACGGAGAAGUAUAGACACCCUGACAUGGACACGAAGCCUGUGACAAUAGAUCUGACUGGUUUCCAGAGCCACGAACACUUCCGCUACCUGACCAAGUCCAGUGUACAUGAACUGAGCGAUGUCAACGAGCUGGAAUUGUUCGAGACGACAGUAUACGCCAUGCAGACGAUCGGGAUAAGCGAAGCGGAACAGCACCAAAUUUUCCGUGUACUAGAAGGGAUUUUAUACCUCGGGAAUGUUUUAUUCAGUAAUGAUGAAAGUAGGGAAGAAUGUCAAAUUUUGGAGGAUUCUCUUUCUGAUUUGAAAAAGGCUGCAUCUUUUUUAGAUGUAAAUGCAGAAGAAUUAAAAAACGCACUCUGUUACAGAACCAUUGUAGCGAAUAACGAGUGCUAUAAAAAGCCAGUGAAUGCAAUCGCAGCGAACGAUAUCAGAGAUGCACUAGCCAGAGCCAUUUAUGGAUGUCUAUUUUUAAAGGUAGUCGAAAGAACAAACGAAUCUGUAGGGUUUAUGGAAGACACGAACCUGUUAUUCUGUGGGGUUCUAGAUAUAUUUGGGUUCGAAUCUUUUGCAGUAAAUUCAUUCGAGCAAUUAUGUAUCAACUACACAAAUGAAUGUUUGCAACAGUUUUUUAACAACUUCAUAUUUAAGUGCGAAGAAAAGCUAUACAUUGAUGAGGGAAUUCAAUGGGACCCACUCGACUUUCCCGAUAAUGCAGACUCAAUCAAUUUACUUGAAUCAAAACCGUAUGGUGUGUUCUGUAUGCUAGACGAGGAAUGUUACGUGCCAUCUGGAAAAGACAAGACCUUUUGCAGUAAAAUUAUUAGCAAGCACGGUUCUUCCUCCCUCGGUAAGGGGAAUAGGAAGUUUAUGGCUGUGAAGACGGACCCCUCCUCUUUUGUGAUUGUCCAUUUUGCGGGAAAGGUUACGUACAAUUCGUCGGGAUUUUUGGAGAAGAAUAAAGACCAGUUGUCUGGCGAUGUACAGGAGGUACUUCUCCACAGCAAGAGUGAGUACACUUCUUCACUUUUUCACAAACAUUUAAGAAGAAACGUCGAAAAAAAAAAAAUUCAAACGGUUUCCAGUGAAUUUAAGGGACAACUUCAUCAGCUGAUGAAAAGAAUCAAGGAAACUGAACCUCAUUUUAUUAGGUGCAUUAAACCUAAUAAUCAGAACGUGCCCGACAUCUUUGAUCGUGUAUCUGUGAAUGAGCAGCUCAAGUACGGAGGAGUGUUACAAGCCAUAAAGGUUAGUCGUUCUGGAUACCCUGUUAGGCUUACACACACAGAUUGUGUCAAGGAUUACUCUAUUUUGUUGCAAAAGGAAGGGAAAAAGCUUUUUCGGGAUUAUGAAACAAAAUCCUGGGCGCAGAAGGCAACCUUCGUGCUCAGCCAACUACAUCAGUGCGACGCCAUACAGAACUUGGUCCGCUCGUUGGGCGAGGAGAAGCAACGGCGACAACUGGAGGAAGCUGCACUCAGGGGGGGUGUCAACAAGUAUGCUAAUGGGGAUGGUAAAGACGCAUCUCAUGGUAUUAUGAAUGUCUCCAACCAGGCGAACCCGGUCCACAUGGAGAACACGGCUGAAAGCACCCUCAUCUGGGCGGUGGGUAAAUCUCUCUGCUUCUUCAAGAGCGAAGCGUACAAUAUUCUCUCCACCCUUCGAAGCGACUUCCGAUCUGCGCAGGCACUAGUCAUACAGAAGAACUACAAAGCCUACCAUCAGAGGAAACUGUUCCUGGCGAUGAAGAGGAAGGUGGUGAUACUGCAGAGGUGGAUCAGACGUAUGCUUAUAACCAUUCGAAAUGAGCGCACGAAAGUACAGCGAGCUACAGAACUAAUCUGUCUACAUAUAUAUGGGUACAGCAUUCGGAAAGUUUUCCUCCACAAGAAAAAGUGUGCGACAAUUAUACAGGCACAUAUCAGAGGCUACUUAGGAAGGAAGAAUUACAAGGAGUAUAGGAUUAACCACUACGCAAGCCUUAUUAAAGCAACCUGGAAGAUGUACAAGCAGAGGAAGCACAUGGCUAACAUGAAACGAGCUGUGGAAAAAAUCCAACUGAAAUGGAAAGGAAUCCUUGCGAGGAGACAGUUGAGGAGGCUGAAAGAUGAAGCCAAAGAAGUCGGAGCUCUCAUUCAGAGAAAUCAAUACUUAGUAAAUGAAAUUGAGAAAGAGAGGAAAAAAAAAAUGGAAGCUGAAAACAAACUCCUGAAAGCCUUCGCUAGUGUAGAGAAGCUAGCCAAAAGGGUCGACUUGCUCGAAAGAAACAACCGGGACAAUGAGAAUGUGAUUAGAGGAUUGAUGGAGAAGCUGAACCAGGCCAAUAUGCAAUCAUCCAACAGUGAAGUACCCAACGACUGUACGAGGAUAAGGAUGUCACAUCCAUCCCGCAAGGAAGAUAGCGUAACCGACGCAUCGACUGCAACUGCCCGAACGACUGUGUCUCCGCAGAUGGACACACUUCCACAUGCAGACGACAUAGAGAGCCUUCUCAAAAGGAUAAACAAAUUGGAAUCAGAAAACAAGGAAUAUUUGAAAAAAAACAACACACUGAAUGAACGUUACAACCAACUGCUAGGUAUUCUAUCGCACUUUAAAAAGAAGGAGAUGUGCCUUGAAUGUGGACUGCCGGGGAAAGUAGGGUACAGCGGGUCGGGUACGGAAGGGCGCGCCAUAGAACAAAACGGUGAGACUUGGAACGAGCAGUCUAUAGAGAAGAGAGCCACACGAAACGGAGAAAAAUACGAUGAGCAACUGAAUGCCCGAAGAACAACCCAUCGCCAAAAGGGGAGAGACGUAGAUAUACUGAUGUGUGGCCCCAAGGGUGUUGGAAAGACGAGCCUCUUAGAAGAUCUGUUCGUUCGAAUUGGAGAUGAAGUAAACCUGAACUUGUUACGAAAAAAUAAAAAAAAGAGUACAGACGAAAGUAACUCGUUUAUAUACGACACCUAUAUAGUAACGCACAAAUCCUCUUCGGUAAAAAUAUGUGAUUGUAUGUACGGUUCCAGCAGGAGUGCAGAAGAAGGGCUCUUCAACUUGAUAAAGAAUUCUACAUGUAUAGUAGUGGUGUUCGAUUCAAGCAACAGUGAUUCCAUACAUCCAGCGUUACACCUGCUUCAAGAAGCGGCCUUAACAAACGUGAAAAGAAGGACGAAACUGUAUCUACUAGAAAAUAUAUUCAAUGAAAAAAUAAAUAUGAAACAGAAUACAUGUGAUGUAUCCUACUCAUUGAAGGUAGCUAAAGCAUGCAGUGCCCAUUAUGUUAAGGCACUGGAUAUGUACGAUAUAGUAAAUAAUUACGUGUGUGGAACCAAAUCUUACUUGUGUUCCUUUCCUGGACAAGCAUACCACAUGGAAAGAAAGGAUAAUGUUUUCCCAUGGCUACAUUCCGAAAGGUACCAGCACUUUGCAAAACAAAUAGGAGAUGGUCUUCCUCCAGGUCAAUACAAUAAUACAUAUAUACAUGCACAAAGGAUGGAGGACACUGAAAAAUCUGUGAUGGAAACACUUCUCCAUACGAAUCAGCAUAAUUUUUCUCCCGAGGAGGAAUGCCUUCCAAAGUAUUUCACAGUGAACAAAGGCGAACACACAAUUCAGCAUAAUAAACAUAACAGUAUGUAUUCAAUGGUUAGUUCAUUUAAAUCCCUUUGUAGUGUUAAUCAGAAAAGGAAUUCACAUGUACAGUUUCUUCGAGAGUCUAUGCCAUUAAACAGUUAUGUAUAUGGUAGCAAAAAAUAUAAUAUGGAAAUGGGCAAAGGCUUACAGCCAAUCUAUGAAAUAACACUUAAGGGAAGUAUACCUAUCACUUAUCUACUCAUGGGACAUGACUCCAUUAACAAAAUGCACACAUUGCUUGCCGUGGGGUGCAAGGAUGGAAUCAUAUAUAUUUACAAGUGUUUGCGAACCCCCUUGGAGAGCGCCCACGGUGGGCACUACUUCUACCAAGGGGGCGGUAGCAGUGUGAGUAGCCCAAGUAGGAAGAAUGGAACGAACCCUGUUUUCGAUACUUGUGCUGGUAGCGAUGUGAGUGGUAUUAGCGCAGAAGAGAACGCAAACAUAACAUCCGCCAAGCUGAUGACCAAACUAUCGGGACAUAAGAAGGCCAUCACAUGUCUUGUUUUCACCUUUACCGAAGAAAAGAUUAUUUCUUCUUCAAUUGAUCGUACCAUAAAAAUAUGGGAAGUAAGCACAGGGUUUUUGUUGAAGGUUUUUUCAGAUUCUUCUGCAACACUCUCCGUUUUGUUACUCCCGACCAAUCUGGACCUGUUCCUCUGCUCCAACUGCACAUCUCUUCUUCGUAUCGUUAACGUAAAUACCGGUCAUGUAAAUCAGAAAAUAAAACUUGAAAGUGAAAUUAGGACACUAGAGAUGGAUGACACUGGGCUUCAUAUUUUUGCUGGAUCAAAAAAUGGAACCAUAUAUAUUCUAGAAAUAGUACACAAUGAACGUUUAGAGAUUCGGUUCAAGUUACUUUUUUCUCUUUCACCAAUAACUUGUAUCAGCUUUAUUCCCAAACAAGCUCAGCUCAGUUCUCCACUUAUCAUUGUAAAUUCGUGUGAUAACCAUAUGGGUAUUAUCGAGUGUGUGUAUGGCUCCAAGGGGGUGGUCCUGACAAGUCUAUCUGUUAAACAUCGUAUUAGAAUUAAUCACGCUCUGCUACCCAUCCGAAAUAGCUACUCCAAGUUCGGCGGUGGUUGGGUCAUUUCGGGUUCUGAAGAUGGCAAUAUUUAUAUCUGCUCACUCUUACCCCAGUCGAACUAUAGAUUAGUCUUUUUAAAACAUCACAAGGCACCCGUCAUGGCUGUUGUGGUAAACGACAUCGACACGCUAAUGGUGUCAGGCGACUCCAAGGGAAACGUGGUCUUCUGGAGGCGUGCUUUCGUGUAG